AUGUGGUCGCGAAGAGUGGGGGCCCGCUGGUUGCGGUCGCACCUCUCCAUAAUCCGGAAAUUUGGCGUACUGGCAUUGCUGGUUUUCAUUGUGUACAGCCAAUUGUAUCUGUUCCAUUCUGGCGGCACCAAUGAGACGCUCAAAGGGUGGAUAGAUUCCAUUCGAUCGGAGCAGAAGCUGUCGAGCGCUGAAUUUGCGGCGUAUCUGUAUAGAAAGAUGAAGUAUGACACGUCGCCCAAUUGGAUCGACACGUACACGUUGAACGAGAAUCUGCUGACGUUGCCACUAGGUCCGAAGCAGGGCACAAAGCUCAGAAGUAUAGAAGAGUUGCGUUUCUACGAGAGUGAUCCGCGCCUCACGUGGUCGGUUCUUCUUGAACACUUGCAGACUGCGGAGGCAGAGAGAAAAGAAAAUCGGGUGGUUUCCUUUUCUUGGUACGACUGGUCAGACUUCCACAUGUUUAAUAAAUUGGUCAGUCUCCAGGAGGUUAACUUUGGUUGUGGGUUUCUUUACGAGACAGCUUUUGAGCUCACUCAGCUGGAGGCUAUCGAAAAGGAAAUCAAUGACGUUUUGUUCAUUUCUGACAGGCUUAAGUACAACGAUCCCAAAUGGAUGGAAGCAACGAGAAAGAAAGAAAUCGAAAGAAAUGAUCCAGUAGUGUAUCCAGAGAGUAGGUGCAGAAGGUAUUCCGAUAAAUCUCGAAAAUUCAAUCUUCCAGUGGAAGCUCAUCAGUUAGAUGAACAAUGUAGGCCUGAGGUCUUUGCAUUGCAAACAAGGUCUUAUCUUUUGAAUCAUUAUAAAAAUCCAAUUUCUCUUACUUUGAUGGAACAUGAUAAUUCUUCUUAUAGAGUUUUUGUUGACCCAAAUGAUAGAAGUAAUAUACAACAAUCGGGAUAUUUGAAGUCUUUUCUACAGAAAAACGGCGUCACUACUGUUCAUAACGAUAAUGGCAAUGGCAAUGGUAGAAGCGGAAAAAAAAACCCAAAUGUUGUCUUUGAUCACUGGAAACAAUAUAACAUAUUUUUGCAAAGUAAUACCGCAAAUCAUUAUAGAACUGUGAUUCCUGAAAUUGAUAAAGUUUCGUAUGAUCGUGACUUUGUUCAUCUUUCGGACGAUUUAUUCGAGGUUAAUGUUCCAAGCAUUAUUGAAGAAUUAGAAUCAAUUGAGAAUCCAAAUCCCCAUGAUAAAGAAUAUUUAGAAAGUUUAAAGAUUUCAAGGGAGACACAUCCUGCUUUAGCAAGUAAAUUUUUGAGCGAAGCUGCUCACAUUACCCAAUUCAAUGGUAUGGGAUAUCAUCGUGAUAAAAGAUUCUUUAACGGUGCAUUGAUCCAUGAUCCGUUGGAAUAUCAGUUAAGACUCAAUGCAUUGAUUAGAAAUUGGUUGAAGUUUACAAGAUCAAACGGAUUAAUUACCUGGUUGGCUCACGGUACAGUUUACGGCCAGUUGUAUAAUGGAUUAACAUUUCCUUGGGAUAAUGAUUUCGAUGUUCAAAUGCCAAUUAAACAUUUGCACUUGUUGAGUAGAUAUUUCAACCAGAGUCUGAUCAUGGAAGACCCAAGAGAGGGGAAUGGCAAAUAUUUCCUUGAUGUUACUAAUUCUAUUACAGUCAGAACUUCAGGCAACGGUUUCAACAAUAUUGAUGCAAGAUUCAUCGACGUUGAUUCUGGUUUAUAUGUUGAUAUAACCGGUCUUAGUGUUUCAUCAACGCCACUUAGCGAUAAAUUAACAAGUGACUAUAAAAAAUUUUCGGCCAUUUUUGAUUCCAAAAGUUACGCAAAGGAUAAAAAGUGGCCAGAAAGAGGUGAAGGUCUCGCCUCAAUGGAUAUAUUUGAAUUACAAAAUUAUACGGCUGAUCACAGCGAUAAAUUUAGUUCAGAUCAACUGAAAAAAAUUGAGGAAUUGGUAAAUCAUGAAAGAAAUUUUCAACAGGGAACCGAUAAACCAGAGUCUGGUUCAAAUCCAAAUGAGCGCUAUUGGACGAACAAAGAGCUGAAAGCCUACAAUUGUAGAAAUAAUCAUUUUGUUACACUUGAAUUAUUAUCCCCACUUACCAGUACAGUAUUCCAUGGAGUUCAUGCUCUAGUACCUAGGAAAGUUGCAGGUGUGCUAAAAAAUGAAUAUAACCUACCAAAACAAUUCGGAUUUGAAGUUUUUGAUGGUAAGGCAUAUUUACCUGCCCUGCAUUCGUGGUUUAACUAUAAUGUCUUGAAAAGAUUUGCCAAUUCAAACUCCUGGAAUACAAAGCUCCAGAAAAUCAAAUCACCAAUUAGUAAAUUAGAUUUCCCUGAUAUCAAGCUGUUACUCGAUAAUAUGCUCAAACUUGGUUAUAACGAUUUAUUCACCAUUUGUUACAAUGCGUUCAACGUUACAUCAUAUCGUUAUAAAGAAAGGGAAAUACAGUUUGAUAACUCAAGUUCUAAGAAUGAAAAAUUCAAACUACUUCACAUUCUUAGAAACGAUGUUGCUCCGCAGCUGUCUUCACCUGGUAAAGACCCUUACAUGUUCAACUACGAAAGGCGCAUGUGGAGAAAAGUUGGUGCUACGAUUGGUAAUACUAUAAUGAGAGCAAUUCACAAGGCAGUUGAAACUCAGGCAUCAAACGAGUUAUGGUCGAGUUAUGUUGCCACGCAUGAGGGAAGAUCGGAACUAUUCAUAACGAGAAAUGAACUUGGUGAUGUUGAAAUCGAUUUGAACAAUCACGGGAGGAAAAUUACAGAGCCAAAUACAAUUUUAGAAUCUGAUCCUUUUUAG